CCUUAGAUCUUAUCUUAUAUUGGCCAGCUGUACAUUUACAAACCUAAUUCUCUGCCUGCAACUCUAGCCCAAUUAAUCUGAUUAAUUAGGUCAAAUGACAGACACACGGUAACAUACAGAGCUUCAGGAAGCCGCACCGGAAGGAAGUGAGAUCCACGGACGACAAUGACGAGAUUUCCGGUCAUCACGCGAGACUUCUGCUUCUUCUCCUUCGUCCUCUUGUGGGCUAACAGCGUAAGCCACGUCCGUACUGCCGGCAUUAGAAGCGAGCCGGAACUGCCGGUACUUCUGAGUAAGGUCUUGAAGGCCCUCGACCGGUCGGUGGAUUUCUUUGGCAAAGACUACGCUUCGAUUAAUGUUGAUGGGCUUUUCGGAAUCCGUAUCUGUCAAGGCGCCGUGAUGGGUACCAUCAAAGACUGCACAGCCUCGCAGAAAUGUCCAGAGCAGCUGGUAAACCAUCUGACCAGCAUCAGUGAUAAGCUGUCUUUCUACGGAGACUCGGCUUUAAGUUAUAUCGAGGAGCAAGAUUCGAACUACUUCGAACGUUUCCAGGGCACCAUAAAUGCCCCUUACCAGGUGGACUACCAGCUGGAGAGUGUGGGGGAGUCCCCACCCCCCGCCGGGCACGACUCGUCCUACAUAGAAACGGAUGGUGAUGUCUGUUUCUCCUCCAUCAUGGGCACCUAUAAGGUAGACGACAGACUCGCCCCCAAGUGUACAGUCAGCAUGGACUGCUACACCAUGAUGACCAGGAACGGCCUGAAGGGCUACGCCGUCACGCACGAGCUGUUGUACUACAUCUUCGUCCAGCAGGCAGGAUGCACCUCUGCCUUCAACGAGCUAUUGGCGAAAACAAACGGCACAACAGUUCGGGAAUUCCAGAAGAAACUUUGUGGAUCUAUUUAUAGCGAAGCUUUAGAGGAAGUCGUCAAUGGUUACGUGCCGGAGUUAAAACAAGAUCUAUUUUUAGAACAGAGCGUGCUGUGCGGUGUGCUAGGGUUCAAAGAGUUUUUCAAACCCGAUUGGAUCCGCAUGACCGUCGGGUGGCAGAACUAUCGGGGCUGCUGGGGUCUGCCCGGGCAGAUGAUGCAGGUCGAGUCGGACCUGACCGAGCUCCAGAACGACGAGAGGAAGCUUCUAGAACUGCUGACGCACGAGGCUGAUUAUAUUGACCACUCGACGUCCAGGAAAUUAAUGAGAGAAAGAAUUAUGCAUGGUGAUUGUCUAUCGCAUAAAACGGGUCUUGCCAUUGGUACACUAGGAACAUAUCUACGCUUUCUAGUUUCUCAAGUUAACAGCUAAUAAAUAAUGUUAUAGGAAUACUCAACACACAAGCAAAUAUGUUAUUAAAAUGAUAUUAUUCCAC